GGUCCCCGCUGCUGAAGGAUGCUGGCCGCUCUGCUGUGGGGGGCUGCCCUGGGGGUUGCACUGCUGGGGGGGGCCCCGGAGAGUGGGGGGAGCUGCACCCGCCGCCUGCAGUGGGCCCCCCAGCCCCACCGCGAGACCUUCGCCCAGGCCCAGCACCAGCCCUACCUCACCCUCUGCGGGGGCCGCGUCUGCAGCACCUACCGCACCACGUACCGGGUGGCCGAGCGGCUGGUGGAGCGGCGCGUGCUGCGGCCCCGCCUCGUCUGCCAGCGGGCACCCCCCCCGGAGCCCCUCUCGGCCCAAGUGAAGGCACUGCGGGAGCGGAUGGAGGCACUGGAGCAGGCGCUAGGGGAGCCCCUGCAGCACCUGGACCGGGUGGAGGCUCUGGGGGAGCAGCUGAUGGACCUGGAGGAGCGACUGGGGGCCUGUGACUGCGGGGGCGGGAGGAACGGCUUUGGGUACAAGACCCAACGCUGACCUCAUUCCCACCCCCCCGAUGACAUCAUCGCGCAGCCGCCAUGACAUCACGAGGUGCCACGA